UGUAACGUGAGGAACUGCGCUGGGGAAAAGAAGCAACAUCUAACAAAUGGGAAAUUAUAAAUCUAGACCAACCCAAACUUGCACUGAUGAAUGGAAGAAGAAGGUCAGUGAAUCUUAUGUUAUUAUAAUAGAAAGAUUAGAAGAUGACUUGCAGAUCAAAGAAAAAGAACUUACAGAAUUAAGGCACAUAUUUGGUUCUGAUGAUGCCUUCAGCAAAGUUAAUUUAAAUUACCGCACAGAAAAUGGACUGUCUCUGCUUCAUUUAUGUUGCAUUUGUGGAGGCAACAAGUCUCAUAUUAGAACCCUUAUGUUAAAAGGGCUCCGCCCAUCUCGACUGACAAGAAACGGAUUUACAGCUUUGCACUUGGCAGUUUACAAGGAUAGUGCAGAACUGAUCACUUCCCUGCUUCACAGUGGAGCUGACGUACAGCAGGUUGGGUAUGGUGGUCUCACUGCCCUGCAUAUUGCUACAAUAGCUGGUCACCUGGAGGCUGCCGAUGUGCUGCUGCAACAUGGCGCUAAUGUCAAUGUCCAAGAUGCUGUGUUCUUCACCCCAUUGCACAUUGCAGCAUACUAUGGGCAUGAACAGAUAACCCGCCUCCUUUUGAAAUUUGGUGCUGAUGUAAAUGUAAGUGGUGAAGUUGGAGACAGACCCCUGCACCUAGCAUCUGCAAGAGGAUGCUUUAAUAUUGCUAAGCUCUUGGUGGAAGAUGGCAGCAGAGCAGAUGUGAACGCCCAGGACAAUGAGGACCAUGUCCCACUCCAUUUCUGUUCUCGCUUCGGGCACCACGACAUAGUGAAGUUCCUGCUCCAGAGCAAUUUGGAAGUUCAGCCACACGUUGUUAACAUCUAUGGAGACACCCCUUUGCACCUGGCAUGCUACAAUGGCAAAUUUGAAGUCGCCAAGGAAAUCAUCCAAAUAUCAGGAACAGAAAGUCUGACUAAGGAAAAUAUCUUCAGUGAAACAGCUUUUCACAGUGCUUGCACCUAUGGCAAGAACAUUGACCUGGUUAAAUUUCUUCUUGAUCAAAAUGUUGUAAGCAUCAACCACCAAGGAAGAGAUGGGCACACAGGAUUGCACUCUGCUUGCUACCAUGGUCACAUUCGCCUGGUUCAGUUCUUACUGGAUAAUGGAGCUGAUAUGAAUCUGGUAGCCUGUGAUCCCAGCAGGUCUAGUGGUGAAAAAGAUGAACAGACGUGUUUGAUGUGGGCUUAUGAAAAAGGACAUGAUGCAAUCGUCACACUCCUGAAACAUUAUAAGAGACCACAGGAUGAACUGCCCUGUAAUGAAUAUUCUCAGCCCGGAGGAGAUGGCUCCUAUGUAUCUGUUCCAUCCCCCUUGGGGAAGAUUAAAAGCAUGACAAAAGAGAAGGCAGACGUUCUCCUCCUCAGGGCUGGAUUACCUUCACACUUCCAUCUUCAACUCUCAGAAAUUGAGUUCCACGAGAUUAUCGGCUCAGGUUCUUUUGGGAAAGUAUAUAAAGGACGGUGCAGAAAUAAAAUAGUGGCUAUAAAACGUUAUCGAGCCAACACCUACUGCUCCAAGUCAGAUGUGGACAUGUUUUGCCGAGAGGUGUCCAUUCUUUGCCGACUAAACCAUCCCUGCGUAAUUCAGUUUGUGGGUGCCUGUUUGAAUGAUCCCAGCCAGUUUGCCAUCGUCACUCAGUACAUAUCAGGGGGUUCUCUAUUCUCCCUCCUUCAUGAACAGAAGAGGAUUCUUGAUUUGCAGUCUAAAUUAAUUAUUGCAGUAGAUGUUGCCAAAGGUAUGGAGUACCUUCACAACCUGACACAGCCAAUCAUACAUCGUGACUUGAACAGUCACAAUAUUCUUCUCUAUGAAGAUGGGCAUGCUGUGGUGGCAGAUUUUGGAGAAUCAAGAUUUCUGCAGUCUCUGGAUGAAGACAACAUGACAAAACAACCUGGGAACCUCCGCUGGAUGGCUCCCGAGGUGUUCACACAGUGCACACGCUACACCAUCAAAGCGGAUGUCUUCAGCUACGCGCUGUGUCUGUGGGAACUUCUCACCGGUGAGAUUCCGUUCGCUCAUCUCAAGCCAGCGGCGGCGGCGGCGGACAUGGCCUACCACCACAUCAGACCCCCCAUCGGCUAUUCUAUUCCCAAGCCCUUAUCGUCACUGCUGAUGCGAGGGUGGAACGCAUGUCCUGAAGGAAGACCUGAAUUUUCGGAAGUUGUUACCAAGUUAGAGGAGUGUCUCUGCAACAUUGAGCUGAUGUCUCCUGCAUCGAGUAACAGCAGCGGAUCUCUCUCUCCUUCCUCUUCUUCCGAUUGCCUGGUGAGCAAAGGAGGACCUGGCCGGAGCCACGUGGCAGCUUUACGGAGUCGUUUUGAACUGGAAUAUGCUCUAAAUGCAAGGUCUUAUGCUGCCUGGUCCCAAAGUGCUGGACAGUGUUCUGCUCAAGGCCUGUCUUUAGAGGAGAUGAAGAGAAGUCUCCAGUUCUCACCCAUUGACAAAUAUGGCUACGUGUCUGAUCCCAUGAGCCCGAUGCAUUUUUAUUCUUGCCGAAACAGUGGCAGCUUCGAGGACAGCAGCUGA